AAUGCCUUGCUAGCAUACUUGAUUAAGGUUUUGUAGUUUACCAUCAUUCUCGUUCUUUUGCAUUUUGUUCUAAAGAAAAAAAAUAUACUGCCUUAAUACUAUUCUCUUGUCCUUUUCUUCUUUCUUUCAAACAUUAGAGAAUAUGCGUCCUGCUCUUUCUCUUUGCCUGUCUUCUGCUUUACUUGCAUUUUCAGCCUUUGCUCAACAAGCAACGCUUGACACUGACUCCUCUGUACUCAAAGUGGAUGAUGGCUUUUCCACUUUCCAUUGGAGAGGCGACUCUGUCCUUGCCAGAGAGUCCUUUCAUAUUGAUGUGGAAGAUAUUGCUCGUAUUCAAAUCACAGACUUUAUGAACCGUGGUGACAUGUUUGAAAUAUUCGACAAUGGUGUUUCUUUAGGCAUUACUUCCUCUGUAGAACAAAUAGAAGAUGACGAAGGCUUUGCCUCUACGCCUGAACAAGCGCUUUCUGAUGAUCGUUUUAGUAAAGGCAUUUUUGAAUUAGCCAAAGGUGCUCAUAAGAUCACUAUCAAGGCAACCGGUCCUUAUCAAGCUGGUGCUGCUGCUAUCCGUUUAUUAGAUCAGGUUGCUGAUGUUUCUUUUUAUAGAAGCAGAUACCGCUCUCAUGUUUAUAAAGAAUUUGAACAAGAAUACUCUGAUAGUGAUGAUGAAGAAUUGCUUCCUGAAGAAGGGUUUGAAGAUGAUGAUGAGUCUGAUUAUGAUUAUAAUGAUGAGGACUAUAAUGGCUGGGGCCAUCAUAGGCAUAGACAUCGUCAUUAUCCUAACAGCAAUAAUCUAGUCGAAGGUAAGAGUCUAGAGAACAUGAAAACCUCCCUCAACAUAAUUUAAUAUUAUACUAGGCCAAGGCACUACAACACAAACAGUGACCGUGGUAACCCCUCUUCUUGCAGGCACCAUUGACCUUGUUCAAACACUUGAAUCUUUGUUUACAAGCACAUUCACCAGUGUAACUGACAAUCUUAUCACGACUACGAUCACCAGUGCUUUUACAGACACCACUUCUGUAUUAGCUGACGCCGUCUACACCACCACAUUUACCACAACAACACCUACCAUCACUACGUUCACGACUACAUUGACUUCUGAUGUUCCAUUUGAGACGACAAUCACAUCGGAUAUUUUGGGUGUACCCACCACGUAUGUUACCACUUUGACUACGCCUAGUACGAGUUUGUCUACCUAUAUAACAUUGCUUGAUGUUGCUUUCUUGACAACCCAAACCACUA